GAAGUUAGCAGAAAGAAGUAAUCGCAGUUACCGUACGGAGGCAUUUCGUUUAGUCUAUUACGUGAGUGAAGAGCGAGUAUUUAACGAGGUCGUGAAUUCAACGUUCACGGUAAUUAUCAACACGAGUUGCAAACGAUUAACAGUUUACUUGCACAUUCUUUUCGAAGAUCAACAUUUAAUCGACAAACGAAACUUUACAAUUUAUUCAGUGUCGUAAAGAAAACAUUAUUAAACUAGCUAUCAGCCAUGGCUGCUAUGUCCGUGAUUGGAAUUGACUUCGGCAAUGAGAGCUGUUAUGUGGCUGUAGCACGAGCGGGAGGUAUUGAAACUAUAGCUAAUGAUUACAGUCUUCGAAAUACACCAUCAUGCGUAGCAUUUAGUGGAAAGAAUCGAAUUCUUGGUGUAGCAGCCAAAAAUCAAAUGGUAACCAACAUGAAAAAUACUAUUUAUGGGUUCAAAAGAUUAUUAGGUAGAAAAUUUAAUGAUCCACAAGUACAAAGAGAAAUAAAAAUGUUACCUUUCAAGGUAACUCAGCAAGCAGAUGGAAAUAUUGGUAUACAUGUACAAUACCUGGGAGAAGAACACAUUUUCUCACCUGAACAAAUAACAGCAAUGUUAUUCACAAAAUUAAAAGAUAUAUCUGAAACUGCUCUGCAGACUAUUGUUAAUGAUUGUGUGAUUUCUGUUCCUUCAUAUUACACACAAACUGAACGGCAAGCGUUGCUUGAUGCUGCACGAAUAGCAGGUUUAAAUGUUCUUAGAUUGUUUAAUGAAACAACAUCUACUGCUUUAUGCUAUGGCAUUUACAAACAAGAUUUACCAUCACCUGAUGCACCACCAAGAAAUGUAGUAUUUGUUGAUUGUGGAUAUGCUAGCUUACAAGUAAGCAUUUGUGCAUUCCACAAAGGAAAAUUAAAAAUGUUAGCCACUAGUUUUGAUACUCAGUUAGGUGGAAGGGAUAUAGAUUCUAUCUUAGCGGAACAUUUUUGUAAAGAUUUUCAAUCACGUUACAAUAUUGAUCCACAUACAAAUCCUCGCGCGUAUCUACGACUAUUAGCAGAGGUGGAAAAGUUGAAGAAACAGAUGUCGGCGAAUUCAACAACACUUCCUCUUAAUAUUGAAUGUUUCAUGGAUGAAAAAGAUGUACACGGUGAAUUGAAACGAGCGGAUAUGGAAGCAAUGUGUGCACAUUUAUUUAAGCGCGUGGAAAAAACUUUGCGUGAAUGUCUCGAAGACUCUAAAUUAAAAUUAGACGACGUCCAUUCUGUGGAAUUAGCGGGUGGUUCUAGCCGCGUUCCGGCUAUUAAACGACUAGUUGAAGAGAUUUUUAAUCGUCCUGUAUCUACAACAUUAAAUCAAGAUGAAGCUGUUGCUCGUGGAUGUGCACUUCAAUGUGCAAUGUUGAGUCCUGCUGUAAGAGUCCGUGACUUCUCAGUAACUGAUAUUCAGCCAUAUUCACUAAAGUUAACAUGGGACGCUACUCAGGGUGAAGAGGGCGAGAUGGAAGUCUUCGGACAUAAUCAUCCGGUACCGUUUUCAAAGAUGUUAACAUUUUACCGAUCAAAUCCAUUUACUCUCACUGCUAGUUACAAUGUACCGCCACUAUCGUAUCCUACAACUCACAUUGGUGUAUUUGUAAUAAAAAAUGUAAAAGCAACACCAGAGGGAGAGUCUUCAAAAGUAAAGGUUAAAGUAAGAAUAAACUUGAAUGGUAUCCUCACUAUUGCUUCGGCAUCGCUUGUUGAAAAACGUGAACUAACACAACAAGAGAAAGAAGAAGAAGAAAAGGUACAACAGCAGCAACAGCAACAGCAACAAAAUAAUAUGGAUGUUGAUCAGCAGGCUGAUAAAAAAGAUAAACCUGAUCAAGAAGCUCAGGCAAAUGAGCCACCAGCACCCGAGGUGAGCAUGGAUAAAACACGUCGGAACUCAGAUGCUGAUGAUGGUGGAAGAGGUGCGAGGGGUUCUGCCCCUUCUUACUCCUCCAGGAUUCUCUCUUGGUUCAGCUCGGGUGACGAUAAAGAUGAAAAUAAGGGUAAAAAGAAAGUUCCUGUUCGCAAUGUUGAAUUACCGGUGGAAGUUCAUGGAUUUGGACUUAGUCAACGCGAUUUAGAUGCCGCUUUAGAAAAAGAGUGUAAGAUGAUCGCCGAGGAUAGGCAGGAAAAAGAACGCAUUGAUGCUCGUAACGCGUUAGAAGAAUAUGUUUAUGACUUACGUGCUAAAUUGCAAGAAGACGAUCAGUUAGCUACAUUUAUUACUGAAGCAGAUAAAGAAGCACUUUGCCGUGCAUUAGACGAAACUGAAAACUGGCUUUAUGAAGAAGGUGAAGAUUGUCAGCGACAAGUUUAUUCAGAACGAUUAACACGUCUUAAGGCACAGGGUGAACCAAUUAAAGAAAGGCGAAUGGAAUUUGAGGGCAGAAAUCAUGCGUUGGAAGAAUUAGCAGGAGCAUUACAACUUGCUAAAAAAGGUUUAGAUCUCAUUAAGGCAUCUAGCGGAAAAGACAAUAAAUAUUCUCACUUAACGGAAGAAGAAGUGAAGAAGGUUGAAAAAGCGGUGCAAGAAAAAUGGGCGUGGCUUGAAGAGAAACGUGUAAUUCUGGCCGGCACACCUCGCACACAACCACCACCGGUUACUGUAGCCCAAAUACGUGUAGAAAAACAGUCACUGGAUAGUAUUGUAUUACCAGUCUUAAAUAAACCAAAACCUAAAGUAGAACCACCAAAAGAAGAAAAACCUAAAGAUAAAACAGCUGAAGAUCAGCAGAAAAACAAUCAGAAUAGUCAAGGCGAUGGUCAUGCCCAAAACAAUCAACAACCUCACGAAGAUAAAAUGGAUGUUGAGUAACAGUGACCCUAUUUUAUGUGUUUUAAUACUAUUAAAUCUAUCAUUAUUAAAAUAACGGAAAUUAUUUCAUCGUACAAGUCAUUUUUAUCAUGUCACAAAAGCGCCUGAUACGUUGUAAUUAGCACAUGUGAGUUUCUUUUUCUUUUCCUAUCAUAGUUAUGAAUGUGAUAAGUUAAGACAUUUAAGACAAAUGUAUCACAAUGAAGUAUAUUGAAAUUUGGAGAAUUUCUUUUUUUUUUUCUUCUUAAUUAUAACAAAAAAAAGGUGUAUGUACAUUUCACGUUCAAUUAAUUUGACAAACAGUAUUUCAUUCACAUAAAUAAUGAUUAGCUUAAUACUUAAUUUUACAAUUAAUAUGUAAUUACAAAUCCAUGAUAAAAUUUGUUAAGUUUCAAAGUAUGGGAAAUACACUUCAAUUUUUUUACUUUGCUAUUUUAUUAAAAAUAACUAGCUCAAUAUUUCUCUAUAAAAAAUGACCAGUUAAAUGAAAAACGUGUUCGUAAAUGUAUAUCUUCUUAAAAAAGUUGCAAAAGUACUAUUUAGGAACGAAAAAAUUCUUCAACCUUUAAUAUACUCUUAGGAAAAGUGUUAACAAAAUUUCUGUCAGUGGAGUACUCUGAAGAGUUCCCUGAUCCUUAAUUGCCAGUAAAAAGAAUUAAAUACAUUGUGACCUAUAAUGUGUAGGACAAAUACUAAGUUAGAACUAAUGGCUAAAUUAAAUUGUGAAGUAGUUAAUAUCGCUGGCGAUUUUAUGUAUUUAAUACAAUAAGCAUUCAUUCCAACACUUUCCCAGGCCGACAACAAACUAUUCCGUGACACAAACUUUUGUUGCAUUUACGAUACUUAAUAAAUUAAUAUUUCAUUAAUAAAAUUUAUUAAGUUUGUUCUAGGAUUUGUUUUACAUUGGUGGCAGUGAUAUAUUUCGAAAAAGUUGUUAAAUUAAAUCAUGUACAUUAUAUAUUGUAUUUUAGCAUUAUCAAAUUUUGAUGACAUGAAAUUUCUAAAAAUCAAAUUGUAUUUAAAACUAUUAUGAAUAACUCGUAGCUUCUCCUGAAGGUAAAGUAUAUACUGUUUUGAAUUGUUUGCACUUGGAUACAAUUUCAUCAACAUUUUAAAUGUUUUUUAAGUUCUUAUAAUUUUUUUAGAAUAUUGUUUCUUACCGAUACUGAAAAAAAAACAACGAUAGUAUCGCUUUGUAUAUUAAUAAUUCAUUUGUUAUUUAUUCCACAUGAAAGUGGAAAAAUUAUGUGCUGCUAUUCAGUGUUAUUAGGGGCGAAUUUUUAUCGCUUUUGUAAGUCUUUCGUAUUGCUUUUAUAUUUCAUAAUAUAAGAAUUUGUGUUUAUAUCUUUUAUUAACUACACAUGGACUCUAAAUAUAAAUUCACCCCUAAUAAUUCUAGUACUGUGAUCAUAAAGUGCACUACAAUUAAUUUAUGCAUCUGAUACGAUUUAUGAAGGCACUAUUAACUAUACUGCAAAACUACUAUAUAAACUAUAAAAUAUAAAAUAAUCUAGUGCAAAAUUUUUGAACAUAAAAAAAAAUGUAAUGGAAUUCCAUUCCAUGUAGAUGUAUGUAUAUUACAAAAAGUUUGUGCUGUACAAUAUGCAAAUUUUGUGUGGGAAUGUCAUUGCUUUUUAUUUAGUAAUUAUGUUUCACUAAUUGAUACAAGUAUAGAAUAUACUCGCCAUUUACAUAGUUCACAGUAUUCAAUAAAAAAAUAUUACCUAAACUUUGACAAGGAAAUAUAUGAAUUGCAGAAUGUAAUGCAAUACAAUGUAACAUCCUUCUUUCGAUGAGUAUACGCGAAUAAAUGUGUUAUCAAGAA